GAAAAUACACUCUAAAGAUUGAUCCGAAACUUUGUGUAGUGAUAAAGUUGCAUUUACGUGAAAGAGAAGCAAUGGAGUAAGGGGUUUCUGAUAAAAAAUCGAAAGUAUGGCAUCAUCAAGCAUGAAGCUUGGAUCUUUGGUUUUUAAGGGACUAGGACAGAAAAGCGGGUUGACCGGCCUGGUACCAGCUGCCCAGCUACACCUCUCAUCUAAAGUUGAGGCUCCAAGGGUUACUUGCACUCUCAUUCCUGGCGAUGGUGUAGGACCGGAACUAAUGGAUUCUGCUAGAGAAGUUCUAUCUUCUAUGGGUGCCCCUGUGGAUUUUGAGGAGAUGUAUCUCUCUGAGAUAAACCAUGGAGCGAGUAAAAGCCUAGAAGACGUAACAGCAUCUGUUCGUAGGAAUGGUGUCUGCUUGAAGGGAGUUAUAACUGUACCUGAAGCAAGCUAUACUGGAGAACUAAUGGGUCUCAACCAAUCCUUUAGAAAUAGUCUGGAUCUGUACGCUAAUGUAGUUAAGGUUCGAUCUCUGCCUGGGAUAAAAUCUCGUCACCAAAAUGUUGAUUGUGUAAUUAUCAGAGAGCAGACUGAAGGUGAAUAUUCUGCUAUAGAACAUGAGUCUGUAAAAGGAGUAGUUGAAUGCUUGAAGGUUGUAACUGCACAUAAAUCCCACAGGAUUGCAAAGUUUGCCUUCGACUACGCUACAAGGCAUGGACGUAAAAAGGUGACAGCAGUUCACAAGGCCAAUAUCAUGAAACUAGGAGAUGGUCUGUUCCUUAGAUGUUGUGAAGAUGUUGCUAAGCUCUAUCCUAAUAUAGAGUUUGAUAAGAUGAUUGUGGACAAUACAACUAUGCAGCUGGUUUCUAAUCCACAGCAGUUUGACGUGAUGGUGAUGCCGAACCUGUACGGUAACAUUAUUGAUAACCUAGCUGUAGGUUUAGUAGGUGGAGCUGGAGUUGUGGGUGGAGCCAGCUAUUCAGCAGAUUUAGCCGUUUUUGAGCCCGGAGCAAAGCACACUUUUGAUAAUGCAGCUGGAAAAAAUAUUGCUAAUCCUACAGCUGCUCUUUUAGCAGCUGCUAAAAUGCUUCAGCAUGUUGGUCUACAGACUCACGGAGAGAAGCUUAAGAAAGGUGUUGAAAAAGUUCUGAAAGCAGGAAAGGUUAAAACCAGAGAUCUUGGAGGAUAUGCUACUACUAAACAGUUUACAGCAGCUGUUAUCAGUUCUAUCAAAUAAUCAACAGAAUAUAUCUUAGCUGUUAUCAGUUAACAAAACAGCGACAGUUAGCUGUGCUUCUCAUUCACAAAAAACAUACAACUCAGCCUUGAACACUGGCUUUCAAAACGAUAUUGAGACUAUUAUGUAGAGUAUUUAUAGACGAAAUAUAUUAAGAUUAUUCAA